AUGAGCGAACAACUCGAAUCGGUUGAAGAGGAAAAAUUUGAAUCAGGAGAAAAAUUAUCAAGGGCAUUAACACAAUCAGCACCAGAUAAUUUAACAGAAAUUAGAUUUGGGGAAAUUUUUCCAUAUUCUGGGUUUAAAUUUUCAUUAAAAACUUUAGAUACUUUUUUCGAUAAUUGGAGAGGUCGAAAAGCAUUGUCAAUGUAUGCAUGUGAUCUCGAGUAUAAAAAAGUAGAAUAUGCAGAAAUUAUAAAGAAGUACAUAGAUGAAGGAGUGAUUAAAGAAUUUAUACGUGGUAGCUUAAAGGAUGCUAUCUUUGAUUAUGAAUUGUAG